AUGGCUACUGUCAAAGAUUCAAUACCACAUAUCAUCAGGACUGCUGAAGAGCCUCGCCAGCAAGGUGUAUGGUCGGCACGACUGAGUAAGGUUGAACAGGUCAACUCGAAGAUACGGUUAUUGAGGCUGAGCUUACCGAAGGAUGGGCCGCCUCUCCGCCAUCUCCCAGGUCAAUAUGUAGACCUGUAUAUCCCGAAUAUUGACGUCGUCGGGGGUUUCACCAUCACCUCUCCUCCCCAAGCGUCUAUCCAAAGUCAGGAAGAUCCGCACAUUGAAUUGGCAAUUCAAGACUCGCCAUCAAACCCUCCGGCGGCAUACCUAUGGCGGCCCGUGUCAGACCUCCUCGACUCGACCGUGAGUUUCAGGGUGGGAGGCAACUUUGUCUAUCCACCGCCAACCCUCAAGCGCGAAGCAUGCGAAAGAAUUGACAGAGUGGUCUUCGUGGCCGGAGGAGUCGGCAUCAACCCAAUCAUGAGCAUGAUCUCAGCCAUGCACGAAGCCGGGGCCAACCGACUGGGCGGGAUGGCGAGAGAAGUAAACGUCCUGUACAGCGCGCGACGGGAAAAGAAUGCAGAGACCAACCAAGAGGAGGACAUUCUGUUCGCGACCAGACUCGCCGACAUUGCGAAUCACUGGAAAGCCCACGAGGAGGUGAACUUCCGGUACACGCAGUUCACCACGGGAGUUACACGCGAAGUGACUACGGACAGAUCACGGCACAACGAGAUUAAUCCUGGACCUGGAGUCCAACCAACGCAAUAUAGACGCAUCCAGGAGCAUGAUCUCGAGGAAGCUCUCGGCCCAGAAAGCCGCAGAGACACCGCUGUCGUCUACGUAUGCGGCUUGCCAGCCAUGACGGACGAGUUCGUCGCAUGGUUCCGGAACCAGCGAGGGAUGGAGGAGAAGAGAGUCCUCUGCGAGAAGUGGUGGUGA